ACCUUGCUCUGUUUCACUUUCUGCUUCUCAAUUAGCUCAACAGUGGAAACUAUAUUAUAUAAAUCAAAUGGAUAGGAGUUGGAUUGAGAAGGGACGGGUAACAGCAUAUCGUGCAACUGAUCCAUACUUAGCCGGCGUAAAUACUUUCCUAGAGUUUGCAUUUUCCAAAGUACCCACAGGAGGGAAGAUUUCAUGCCCAUGUAAAAAUUGUGUUAAUCAUUUUAUGAGAACAUGGGAUGAAGUGGAGGAACAUUUGAUAUGUGAUGGAAUGAUGAAGAACUACACAUUUUGGCAUUUUCAUGGAGAAGUUGAAUCUAUUGAUACAACAAUCGAAAACAUUGUGGAUGACGAAGAAGAAUACACCGAAAUUAUUGUGGAUGAUGAAGAUGAAUGCAUAGAUAUUAUUAAUAUGCAUGACAUAAUUCAUGAUGUGUUCCCUGAAAAUGCAUGUGAAGGAGCUGGUGCUAUUGCCACAAGUGGACAAAGAGAAGGUAUAGGAGAUGAGGAAGGAAGUUUUUUUAGAUUGAAGACAGAUGCAGAGGUAGAAUUGUAUCCAGGGUGCAAGGAAUUCUCAAAAUUGUCCUUCACUAUUGCACUUUAUCACAUAAAAUGUCUAGGUAAGUGGAGUGACAAAUCUUUUGAAAUGUUGUUGGGUUUAUUGAAUAGAGCUCUACCGCAGGAUAAUACUUUGCCAAAGUCUUUGUAUGAAACAAAGAAGGUAAUUAAAGACUUAAGACUCAAUUACAACAACAUUGAUGCAUGCCCUAAGAAUUGUAUGUUAUAUUGGAAGGAGUCAUCCAAACUUGAGUCUUGUCUCAAAUGUGGCACACCAAGGUAUAAAUCCAUACACACCAAGUCACCGGUCAAAACAUUACGACACUUUCCUUUGAUACCAAGGUUGCAAAGAUUAUAUAUGUCAUCAGUAACAUCAUCUAAAAUGACAUGGCAUAAAGAUCAGCGUGCAAAUGAUGGGAAAAUGCGUCAUCCUGCAGAUGCAAAAGCUUGGAAGGAUUUUGACAGACGACAUCCAAAUUUCAGUGAAGAUCCAUGUAAUGUUAGACUCGGGUUGGCAAGUGAUGGCUUCAGUCCAAAUAAUUCUCUAAGCAAUUCGCAGAGCAUAUGGCCCGUUGUUGUGGUACCGUAUAACUUGCCACCAUGGUUGUGCAUGAAACAAACAUCAUUUAUAUUAACAUUGCUAAUUCCAGGUCCUAAACAGCCUAGAAAUGAUAUAGAUGUGUAUUUACAGCCUUUGAUAGAUGAGUUGAAGUUAUUGUGGGAUACUGGUGUUGACACAUACGAUUCAUUUAAGAAAGAAACAUUCAACUUACGUGCAUGCCUUUUAUGGACAAUUAAUGAUUUUCCUGCAUAUGCCAACCUAUCAGGAUGGAGCACUAAAGGUGCAUUUGCGUGUCCAUGUUGCAACCGAGAGAAUGUGUCAACUUGGCUGAAAAAUGGUGGUAAGCAUUGUUACCUAGGCCAUCGUAGGUUCAUCGACAAGAAUCAUAAAUAUCGAAGAUAUAAGAGAUGGUUUAAUGGUCAGGUAGAGCUUAGGGAAGCACCUCAGCCUCCUACAGGUACUGAUGUGUUAGCACAAUUGGAAAAUGUUGUGUUUCCUGCAUUUGGAAAGGGUUCAACUAAGGAGAAAAAUGCAACCAAAAGGAAGAGAGUUGGAGGUCCACCACAACUACCACUUAAUUGGAAGAAGAAAAGUAUUUUUUUUGAGUUGUCUUAUUGGAAAGAUAAUCUACUACGCCACAAUCUAGAUGUAAUGCAUAUAGAAAAGAAUGUGUGCGAAAGCAUUUAUCAUACAUUAUUGGAUAUGAAAGACAAAUCAAAGGAUAACAUCAAAGCCCGUCUAGAUUUGGUGGAAAUGAACAUUAGGCCAUCUUUACAUCCACAAAGGAUUGAGGGCAGCAACAAAAUCAUUCUACCUCCCGCAAGCCAUACAAUGUCUAAGAAAGAGAAAGAAUUGUUUUGCAAAGCUUUGGAGGGGUUGAAGUUCCCUGAAAGUUAUGCGGGAAAUAUAUCACGAUGUGUGAAUGUGAAUGAGAGGAAUAUUUCUGGAUUGAAAAGCCAUGAUUGCCAUGUUUUGAUGCAACAACUCCUUCCUUUGGCACUACGAGUACACCCAACCAAGAAUGUUCAGUUAGUGUUGCUUUCAUUGAGUUCGUUUUUUCGUGGGUUAUGUUCUAAAGUUGGUACAUCAGAAGAUUUUAACAAACUUGAAGAACGUAUUGCAGAAACACUAUGCCAUCUUGAGAGAAUCUUCCCACCUGCAUUCUUUGAUAUUAUGGUUCAUUUACUAAUUCACUUACCACGAGAGGCAGUGUUAGGUGGACCCGUACAGUACAGAUGGAUGUAUCCUUUCGAAAGGUUCAACAAGACUCUAAAGGACUAUAAGCGUAAUCAAAGUAAAAUAGAAGGGUCUAUUUCGGAAGGAUAUCUUGAUGAUGAAUGCCUCACAUUUUGUUCUAGUCACUUCGAAGGUAUUGAGACUAGGUGGACCCGCCCCAUAAGGAAUAUUGGUAGUGGGGAACAUCAAAUGGACAAGCAUUGGAUAUUCUCAUGCAUCGGUAGACCAUUGGGGCGUCCUAAGAUGAUACGAUUAGAGCCAAAGGAGAUAAGCCAAGCACAUCGAUAUGUGCUUCUCCAUUACGAUGCCAUCGAUACAUAUCGAGAACGUCACAAGGAAGAGCUUAUGAGGAGUUUAGGCAAUAGAAGUAGUCCCUACAGGGACAAGGUGCAUGCAGAAAAAUUUCCAGAGUGGUUCAGAUGUCAAGUGGACAUGCAACGCCAAAGCGGAGAAGUGGUUCCAGACAUUAUUAAAUGGUUGGCUAAUGGACCCUUUUCGGAUGCAAAAAAAUACACAGGUUAUAUAUAUAACGGCAUAAGGUAUCACGUAAAGGAUCGCGAAACCAAACGGCGAACGCAAAAUAGUGGGGUGUUAGUAACGGCAGAAAUUGAACUCUACUAUGGUGUGUUGAAGGAAGUAGUUGAGUUAGAGUAUUGCGGGGAUCUUAGAACAAUUUUAUUUCGAGUUGAUUGGGCAAAUACACAGAAUGGGGUGCUUAAAGAAGACAUCGGAUUUACACGUGUGAACUUCAGUCAUUUGAUGCAUUCCGGUGAAAAUAUGCUUGAUGACCCUUUUGUCUUUCCAAGACAAACAGAGCAAGUGUUUUAUGUGUCAGACCCUUUAAAUGAGGGUUGGUGUCUUGUUGUAAAAGCUGACUUACGUGAUACAUUUGAUAUCAAUGGUGAUGUGACAGAGGAACAUCACCAACCUAUACAAAUGGGAGAAAUGGAUGAUGCUGAUGCUGAUCUUAACAUGACAAGAACUGACUUGGAUGGAAUAGUAGUUGACACCCCUAUUUGAACGGAAGUUUCCUUUUUCUUGCCUACAUUCUCUCUCCAUAAGUUUAUCAUGUCUUCUUAUGGUUUGACUGGUCAACAAUGGUUUUGAUUGAAGUAUAAGUCUUCCAGAAGGUUUUUUUUUUUUUUAAAGUUUUCUGUUGUCCUUUAUUAUUUUCCUUACUGAACAAGUUAGUAUCUUUUAGUAUCUUUUAUUUUUAUUCUAUGUGUCUAGGUUGUAAUCUAUACUAGUUUAACAGGAAAGUUCAACAGGAAAGCACACAAGCAGAGAUGAAA